CACUGCAAGGAUACUUAGAAGUACUGAUCCACGAUCAUCGGCAAUCCUGUUGCGCGAGCAGAGUAAUCUAGACACACGAUCAUCUUUUGGCCUUCACCAUGGUGUAUCUGCCGGCCCGUGCUCUCAACAGCACUUGCGAAAGUUCGUUGCAAUCCAGUGUCAAUCCCGACAUAGUCCGCCAGUGCCAACUGGCAGCAGACCAACCCUAUUGCUGGCCACCCAACGGCACGCGCAUCUGCGCCGGACUCACACGCAUCCCCUUCUACUGGCCGCCCAUGUUCUACCACGAGAACGCCUAUUUCUACGUCGACUUCGGCACCGAGGUCACCGAAGGGCCGGAAAACAGCGGCAAGGUGCGCGCAGACAGAUCCAGCACCAACCUAACCGGCUUCACGGCAUACACAGAGCGCAUAUCAAACUCCACCUCGAGCGACGAGCGCCUCCUGCGCAUCACCAUCCGCGAGUGGCACCCCGUGCUCGACUCCAUCACCUCGACCCUGCACCACGGCCCAACCCUCACCAUCGUCCCCACCCAGGCAUCCUCCACCAUCUCCUACGUUCCGGGGCCCCGCUCGAGCACAAUCCCGGACUCCGCAUCUAACUCGCUCUCCAGAGGCGAGACCACCGGCGUCAUCCUCGGCGCCAUCGUCGGCGUCGCGCUGCUCCUGAUGCUGUGCUUCAAGUGCUGCGGCCCCGAUCCGGGCCGCGAGGAGACGGCGCGGGUGCGGCGGCAGGAGGCGCGGCGUGUGGCCGCGGAGCGGGCCGCGCUGCAGCCACAAGUGGACGAGAUCAAGGCGUGUGUGGCGCGUGGGGAGGUGUGGACGGGGCGGGUGCCGCGGGGGGGCAUGUGGGCGACGGAUUUCCCCGCGAGACCGGCGAGGUCGGCGAGGGCGUCUGAUGAGAUCCGGGCUGUUGAUGUUGUGGAGGCGCAGAGGGUGCCGCGGGGGGGCAUGUGGGCGGCGGAGAACCCCGCGAGACCGGCGAGGGUGUCUGAUGAGAUCCGGGCUGUUGAUAUGGUGGAAGCGCAGAGGGUGGAGGAGCAGUGUAUUGAGGCGCGGAGGAGGAUCGAGGAGCUGAGAAUUGAGGAGUUGAGGAUCGCGGAGCGGAGAGAGGAGAUUGCUAGGGAGAGUGAGGUUCAGCCGCCGCCCUAUGAGGCUGGGCCGCCCAAGUACACACCUUAAGUCGGUGUUGCAGGUCUAAGUUGAGGCGGCGAUCACUUCGCCUGCUCAGAUUCCUCGAAGACUGCCCUUCACCUGAUCAUGCAGCCACGCGUUUGCGAAGAAGUCAGGGGCCAGGGUCGAGAAAUCAUCCGCAUCGACAUUCAUU